AUGAUUCGGUUACAUGACUCCAAGAUGCUGCAGACUCUGCACCGAUCCCUGAGUGAAUGCAUCCCAGAGGCAAUGAAGGUAUAUGGUUCCAUCUUUAACAUCAUUCGUGGAAACCCCUUCAACCUGGAAGUGCUGGUGGACUCCUGGCCGGACUAUCAGACUGUAAUUACCCGGCCUCAGAAGCAGGAAAUGAUGGAUGACAAAGAUCAUUACGCAAACACUUACCACAUCUUCUCGAAAGACUUCCAGAAAUUGCCAGCAAUUCUAGAAUGUAAUAGUGUCAUCAACUGGAAACAAAGUCUCACAAUCCAAGGUUGCCAAAAUGGUUUAAAUGAAAAGAUAAAAGAUGUUGUGGCUUUCAAGUCCAUAAAGGUGGAUUACUCCAAGAGGUUUCUCUACAUAACAGAAGAUGUUCUCAAAUCCAUUGCCUCCAAUGGAAGCAAGCUGAUGAAGUCAAAUGAAGUAGCCAGUUCAGAAAAUGUGACAUUUAAAAGUACAAAUAACAACUUCAAGCUUUCCCUGUUGGAUGUUUCCCAUGCUGAACUUGUGAAUAACAACUGGAAAUUUGGGAAGAAUGAGAAAAGCCUGAGAUUUGUCAAACGCUGCCUCCAAAACUUCCCUGGAUUCUGUCUGCUGGGUCCAGAAGGGAACCCCAUAUCUUGGACUAUAAUGGAACAAACUAAUGAACUGAGGAUGGGUUAUACUCUACCUGAAUAUCAAGGCAGAAGAAUUUCAAAUAUUGCAAAGAAGUUGGGGGAUAGUUUCAUGCAAUAUCUAAAAAAGAACAAUAUUCCAUUUUAUAUUCAUGUGGAGGAUAUGAAGGAACAUGCCCACAAAUUAACAAAGUCUUUUGGGUUCCAUUCUGUGGAUUGUGAUUAG